UUUUCCUUUUUCAUUUAUUUUUUCUAUCACGAAUUCACUUCCAUCAUCAUCUUCUUCCCCCAAAAAAUAAAGCCAGAAGAAGCAAACGCGAUAAAGUAUUUCAGAAGAGUAGAAUAUCAAAAGAGCUGCUCUGUUCAUAUUCCAAUUCUCAACCGGAUUUGUACACCACUAGGCGAUCAAGCAGCCGGAGAUGAAAUCCAGUUGACAGGUGGCUCGCCGGCGAUGUGCCACGCUGCUCCCUAGUAUCUCGCUCUCUAUCCAAUCAAUUCAAGCCUUGUGUAUUCUUUUUUAACUCUUUUUUAAUUUUUUUGGAUUUUUUUCUUUCCGAAGCUUAAUUUGACGCGAAUCCCGAGCGUUUCGGUUCUAUUUUGUUAAUAAAGUGGACUGGAAAUCAAUUCUUGAACGGCGUGUUGUUUGUUGUUUGUGUUCGUACUGGAUCGGACAGUAGUCCUUGGAUAUUUUUUGGAUUUGGAUUUGGAGGUGUGGAGCUUGGUAGGGUAGGGAAUGAGAAUUGUUUUUUAAUUUUGAAUUAACGUAGUGGUUUGCUUUGGCUUGGUUUUUGAUUUGGCGUUUGUUGUACAUUCCGAUUUGGAGCUGGUACUUGUCGUUUUUCUCGCUCUUGAUUGGAGCUGAAGGUAGCUCCGUGGCUUCAAUUGCCUUGGAAGAAGGUUUUGAUUUCGGGAGGAAUUUCGUUUACGCUAGCUACGGCAUUUUAUAUUUGGAGCUCUGUGUUUGUUUUGGGCUGUAUCUCCGCUUCUCAUCUGCAAUUGAUUUGUAUUUCUCAACAUGGUUAGUGGAAAUUUGUUUCACUGUAGAAAGAACUCAUGGCCACCGGAAGAGUAUAUCAGCAAGUCGACUUUGCAGCUGUUCGAUUUUGAUAGUGCUUCACCACCGGAACAAGCCUGGAGAAGGAAAUUGAAUGGCCAUGCGAAUCUUCUUAAAGAAUUUAGUGUCACAUUUGUUGAGGCGAUUAAAAUGGUUCGACUUGGUAUUCGCUUGUGGUCCUACGUAAGGGAAGAGGCAUCCCAAGGAAGGAAAGCACCUAUUGAUCCAUUCACCAGAGAAAGUUGCAAACCUUCAGCAUCUCAAGGGGUUCCACUUGGAGGAAUGGGAAGUGGCAGUAUAUCCAGAGGGUUUAGGGGCGAGUUCAGACAAUGGCAAAUUAUUCCUGGUACAUGUGAAGCUUCUCCUGUCAUGGCCAAUCAAUUUUCUAUUUUUAUCUCUAGAGAUGGAGGAAGUAAAAAAUAUGCGUCUGUCUUGGCUCCUGGUCAACACGAAGGCUUAGGGAAAGCUGGAGACUCGGGGAUAUCAUCAUGGGGAUGGAAUCUUGAUGGUCAGCAUUCCACAUAUCAUGCUUUGUUCCCUAGGGCAUGGACAGUAUAUGACGGUGAGCCAGAUCCAGAACUUAAAGUUUCAUGUAGGCAAAUAUCACCAUUUAUCCCACAUAAUUAUCGAGAUAGCAGUCUUCCCACAGCUGUUUUUGUAUAUACAUUGGUAAAUACGGGACGAGAAAGGGCGAAAGUGAGCCUUCUUUUUACUUGGGCGAAUUCAAUAGGAGGCAUCUCACAUUUAUCUGGCGAUCAUGUGAAUGAGCCAUUUAUAGACGAAGAUGGAGUUUCUGGAGUGCUUCUACAUCACAAGACUGCUAAGGGGAAUCCUCCAGUUACCUUUGCCAUAGCUGCAUGUGAGACGCAAAAUGUUAGUGUGACAGUUUUACCAUCUUUUGGACUAUCUGAAGGAAGUUGCAUCACAGCGAAGGGCAUGUGGAAUAAAAUGGUGCAGGAUGGGCAAUUUGAUCGUGAUAACUUCAAUUCGGGACCAAGCAUGCCUUCCUCACCUGGAGAGACACUUUGUGCUGCAGUUGCAGCCUCUGCAUGGGUAGAACCUCAUGGAAAAUGCACUGUCGCAUUUUCUCUUUCAUGGUCAUCUCCAAAAGUGAAAUUUUUGAAGGGAUUCUCAUAUCAUAGGAGGUACACGAAGUUCUAUGGUACUUCUGAAAAGGCUGCUCAGACUUUGGCACAUGAUGCACUUACAAAUUAUAAAAGAUGGGAAGAUGAGAUUGAGAAAUGGCAGAGGCCUGUCCUCAUGGAUGAAAGGCUACCUGAAUGGUAUAAGUUCACAUUGUUUAACGAGCUUUACUUUCUGGUUGCUGGUGGCACAGUUUGGAUUGAUUCUUCCUUCGUGGGUAAAAAAGUGCGGAAUGAUCAAGAUGAACUAGCUAGAAUAAAAGAUGGUGAUGUAAAAGCUACAGAAGCUAAAGUUAGUGGCAGGGGAGAAGAAGUCUCCAGGACUACGACCACCACUACUCUUGAUGGGUUUGCUGGCGUUGAAUUUGAUGAUGAAAAUUCUACUUCCAGUUCCCAUGCAAGUGAGGAUGAGUUGAUGGUUCCAUUGAAAAGGGGCUAUACUGACCGCUCUUAUCAAACAUACAAAGUAUUGGAGCCAGGAAAUCCUGACGAAGAUGUUGGUAGGUUUCUUUACUUGGAAGGAGUAGAAUAUGUAAUGUGGUGCACAUAUGAUGUGCAUUUUUAUGCUUCCUAUGCCCUUCUUGAGCUAUUUCCCAAGAUUGAGCUCAAUAUUCAACGGGACUUUGCCAAAGCAGUCUUAUCAGAGGACGGAAGAAAAGUGAAGUUUCUUGCUGAUGGAAAAUAUGGAAUCCGUAAAGUGAGGGGCGCUGUUCCACAUGACCUUGGGACACAUGAUCCUUGGAAUGAAAUGAAUGCUUACAAUAUCCACGAUACAAGCCGGUGGAAGGAUCUGAACACGAAGUUUGUGCUUCAGGUUUAUAGAGAUUUUGCUGCAACCCGGGACAUGUCAUUUGGAGUUGAUGUUUGGCCCUCUGUUCGUGCUGCAAUAGAGUACCUGGAACAAUUUGAUAGAGAUGGUGAUGGUGUUAUUGAGAAUGAUGGAUUUCCGGACCAGACCUAUGAUACUUGGACUGUUCAUGGUAUUAGUGCAUACUGUGGCUGUCUAUGGGUUGCUGCUUUGCAAGCUGCAGCAGCAAUGGCCCAUGAGCUGGGCGACCGAGAUUUUGCCGAAACUUGCAAGAGUAAAUUUCUAAAAGCCAGACCGGUUUUGGAAGCAAAACUGUGGAAUGGUUCUUAUUUCAACUAUGACAGUGGAUCAAGUAGUAAUAGUAAAUCAAUACAAGCUGAUCAACUAGCAGGGCAAUGGUAUACAGCAUCUUCUGGUUUGCCUCCUCUGUUUGAUGACUUCAAAAUCAAAAGUGCCCUAAGAAAAAUCUACGAUUUCAAUGUGAUGAAAGUUAGAGGAGGUAGGAUGGGGGCUGUAAAUGGGAUGCAUCCGAAUGGAAAGGUGGAUGAGACCUGCAUGCAGUCGCGUGAAAUAUGGACUGGUGUUACCUAUGGUGUUGCAGCUACGAUGAUCCUUGCUGGUAUGGAGGAGGAAGCAUUUAGAACGGCAGAGGGUAUCUUCCUUGCUGGGUGGUCAGAAGAGGGAUUUGGGUACUGGUUCCAGACUCCUGAGGCUUGGUCCAUGGAUGGGCACUACAGAUCCCUCAUAUAUAUGAGACCACUGUCUAUCUGGGGAAUGCAAUGGGCAUUAUCCCUACCAAAGGCGAUACUCGAAGCCCCAAAAAUCAAUGUAAUGGACAGAAUCCAUGUUUCCUCUUCCAACACAAAGUUUUUUAACCAUGAAACCGGUGUCAGAAGAAUCGCUACAAAAGCUAAGUGUUUUGGUGAUUCUGUUUUCAAUUGUGCAUGCUAAUGCUCUUUUUUUCCCUUCUUUUUUAAUUAGCCCUUAUAAAGUUGUCUUUGCAAAGCGAUGUUGUUCAUGUGCUGCCUCAAACCUCUCCGACAGUUAAUAGGGUAAAAUACUGAGGGUAGGUUUGGGGAAAGCAUGUUUUUAGAGUUCGGUAGUUAAUGGUGAAGAUAACACAUGGCAGUCGGUCAGAGCCUAGAUAAGUUUAUUCUCUCGGCAGCUUCUACAUUCUGUAUGAAAGUGUUUAUAUAGACAAUCUUGUGUCAUAAUAAUAAUAAUCAUUUAUUUUUUUAACACU